UUCUCAACAAGACUCCCUGUUGAUUUUCAAAGAAGCAAAAUUCGUCGGAUGGAAGGAGGACCCAUGCCAUUGCCAGAGAUCAAGAGGUAGGCGGAGGAUACCCCUUAGAGUCACUGUCAAUGAUCAAAGAUCGCAUACCCAUCCUGUCUUUAGGAGGCUCCUUCCAUUGAUACUUGCCGUUUUGACUUGGGUCACUGUGCUUGGUCGAUACAUAACCACCUGAGGUAUCAAGUACUCGUAUCAUUUUUGUUGGUCAAAGCCCUCUACUACCUGUUUGAGUCAAGAACUUUAGGAGGCUCCUUCCCUUGAUAUUUGCCAUUUUGAAGAAGAUAAGCCGUCAUAGAAAGCAUGCCAAAGCAUCUAUACGAAGACGAGGCUUUGGCCCAGGAGGUGUAUCAGGAGCAAAAUGAUACUCGUUACGCGAAACAGGUGGAACAAGAGCUAGAAGAUGAAGAACUAGCGCGACAACUAGCCCGAGCAGAGGAAAGGGCCCUAGCCGCAGAGGAACGUGCUCGAGGACGACCUCCUGCUCGUCCGUGGACCCUGCGACGAGUCCUCUCCUACGUAGUUCCGUUGAUUAUUGUGGUUGUGGGCACUAUUGCAUUGGUGUAUGCCAUGAAAGCGGAUGACACCGAAGUGCCGCCUUCACCCACGCUUGGCAUUCCCUUUUUUGAAGACCAAGAUCCAUGGGAGGGACUAACGCCCAACGAGGUAGUUCGGUGGAACAAUGGCGGAUCAGGAGGUCUAAAGUUGGAUGUGGUAGACGCGUUGGAUGGAAAAUGGGAGGAUAUAUUUCACGCAGUUGUCAAGGACUAUGAUGAAGGAGCUCCUAGAGCCCUGGCUCUGUCCACCGAAAAGCAGGGACACGAUCCUGAAUGCGAGCCAAUCGACAAUAAAUCAAAAGUCUGCAACGGAAACUACGGGGAUACCCAGUGGCGAGGGAUCAAUCAGGUCUUGAUCCAGAAUGGCUUCAUUGUGGCAGCAACAUCCAAAAUGAACGAGUUUUAUCUGGCAAAGGCAACAAACCCACAGAAGAGGUACACCAUGUGCCACGAGAUGGGCCACUCCUUUGGUCUCCCACAUACUGACGAAGACUUCUUCAACGAAGACCUGGGAAACUGUAUGGAUUACACGAGCAAUCCAGCUGCAAACGUUAGCCCCGAUCACUCAAAUUUCGUGUUUCUAAAGGAUCUGUACGGAACGACACCAGGCACCGCCAGAGCUUUGAAACAGUCAGAUUCUCCAUCACGUGUGUCGCAGAUUCUCAAUCACAGGCGAAUCCCCGACGACAUUAAGGCCCAGCUCAAGGAGAUUUCUCUUCAGUUUGAAAACCGUUCCUUCGAUGAAAAGCCCCGCACGAGGGCGUGGAGGUUAUUGCUGCGGAACGAGGAUGCAGAGGCUCACGAUGUGGCCCUCGGAAAUGGUUGGUCAGUGCGAAUGCACAAACUGCUAGCUUCUGACGAAAGCGACUAGUCAAUGAAUGGCUGCUGGCUUGUCCUUGCUGUUGCCACUUGGCUCCACUCGAGCUGGAACAGAGACAGGAUCGAAUAGUUGAGAAAGAUAUCUCUUAUUGAUAUAUUAUGUGUGUCUACUACACAUCAUGUCCGUGCCGGUAGCAGUACAAGCACCUUUGCAUAGUUUACAACUGUGUUCAUACUACACUACCUUUUUUUGUUACGAGAAUCUUGGCAGCAUUGGAUUGAUUCCUUGAGUAGCUAGCUAGACU